CUUCCGACUCCAAAGGGAUAUUCAUCCGAUGAUUCCAAUCCGAUGUACCUCUUACGAUUUGGUCUCCAGAAACGAUGACUCCCUCCGGAGCUUACCGAUCUACAUCGGAGGCACUUCUCUCCUGGCCAUUCUCUCGCGCUGUUUCCGGUAUCGCUCCCGUCGCCAAUGAUACCAGACUGUCUACAGAGAGAUAUUCCUUGGCGAAGGAGGUCACGUUGUUUGCUAUGAGAUGGAAGACAUCAAGAAAAAGCUUGGUCUUGGACGGAACUCAUUGGUAACUUAACGAGUCUCUUUUACAUACUUAACCCUGUACUUUCAAUUUCACGAAGCUGCACAGUGUUAUUAUAAAAAAUUUUGAUCGGCAAAAGUGUGAUUGAUGAAUGCAUACUUGCAAAAGUUUGUCUUUCGCUUUUUAACCGAUGUGAAAGUAGCUUACUUCAAGACAAUGACUUUUGUAUUUUACACAUUACAAAAUUUUUGUUGCUGUUAUGGUUGUAUGAUUUGAUAUUCUAUCUUUUCGCUGCACCCGGUUUAAAGCAUAGUUUACG